UUUAUAUUUAAUGGCUGUGUUUCAUUUAGAAUUGCCAAGAUAAAAAAAAAUCAUACGCCCCCUUUGGUCUUUACUCCCCCUUUUUUUUUAUUUAAAAACAAAAUAAAUCAACAAUUAAUCAUCUUUAUCUCUUUUCUUCUACAUCUUCUUUUAAAGCAAACAACAAACAAAUAUGCAAAGCUCUUUGGAAAUGGAUAACGAGAUAUAUUUCUGUCGCUGGAUUGAUUGUUCAAUAUCCUUUGAUGACCCUGAACAGCUUUACGCUCACUUAACCAAUGAUCAUGUGGGUAGAAAAUCGACCGGCAACCUUUGCUUAACUUGUCAUUGGGACAAGUGUGAUGUCACCGUUAUAAAAAGAGACCACAUUACAAGUCAUCUUAGAGUUCAUGUACCUUUGAAACCUCAUCGCUGUCAGUUUUGUAGCAAAUCAUUUAAGCGCCCUCAAGAUUUAAAGAAGCACGAAAAGAUUCAUAGUGAUCAACAUAUUGCAACACUCCGAUGCCAUCAUCGAGCUUCAAACGUACAGCAUCAACCUUUAACACCACCUAGUUCUAUAAGCCAAUCUAGUAGGGAUGUAUCGCCUAUUCUAUCGGAUAACCAUCCAAUAUCACCACCCACAAGUACCUACUCUGAUGAAAAUUGGAUGUACUCUGGUGUAUCUUCUACCACAAUGUCCACCCCUCAAAUGAUGCAACAACAGCAAUAUGUUACACAACCAAUGGAAAAUAGUUUUGGCCCUGAUCAUAUUAUCAAUGAUCUAUUGUUCCCUAUGGACACUAAGCCAGUCGAAUAUAACACUGAUGUUGCCAACCGGUUGAAUCAAAUUCAAGGCUUUAUGGACUCUGGACUGAUCAAUCAGUCAAAUUUCAAUUUAAACAUCACCAACGAGCAACAGCUUGAAGAUAUGAAUGACUGGCUGGCUCGUCUUUCUGAUAGUAUUACUACAGGGCAAAUGCCACAACAACCUACGAUGGAUACAGCCACAUCGUUUGCUUAUAGCCAGAUGUCCGGCGUCAACCCACCGCAGGCCCAAUAUGAACAAUUUCCUGUUGUACCAUCACAAAACCAUAUGUAUCCUACUUCAUGCGAAGAAAAUGAAAUGUAUGUGCGAUCACAACCAAUCGUGCCAAGCCAAAAUAAUUACAUGUCAUACCAACAACAACAACCUGUUUAUACUCAACAAAAUAUCGGACUCACUGGUCAGCGUCAACAUUAUACUUCUGUUCCUAAUGUUUCUAGUCAUUAUUUCCAACCGGAGUUAAGGACAACCAUGAAUUUUACAAAGGCAAAUAACCCAGCGAAUGGCGAAGUUGAAAAGGAGGAAAUGGUUUCAUUCAAACCCACUAAAGACGUUACACACGACGAAAAGAAAAAUAUGGCCACUUUGGUUAAUACUUUCUCAAGCGCUUUGGACUUGAACAAGAAGCAGGCAAAGAAACCAGUUAUUGAAGAAGAGGAAGCAGAAGAACCUGUGUUGAAGAAGACGGAUGCUUUAAUAAGGGAUUUAAUUACAAGCGACCUUUCUAAGCUUUCCUUGCAUGAUGAUGAAGAUGCAGUUACUGCAGAAGCAAGUAAAAAUCAAACCUACAGAAAGUCAUCAUCUGAUGCUUCUCUUUAUCCUACAGCUGAAAAUAAUGAUAAUCACAUUUUAUUAUUAAAGAAAAUGGCUGGGUGGGUAAAUGAGAAUUACCGUAAAAACCAUCCUCUUUGUCAAUAAAAUAAGUUUUAAUAACCUUAA